AGACGAGGACCACGCGCUACUGUUCAAUUGAAAGGGGUAUCGGGAGCGCACGGGAAACACCCUCUGUGACGGAGACGCGAGCAUUGGAAGAGAAGAGGGGACGUGGGGAAAAAGUGGUCUUGAGGGAGUGUAUGUGAACAGCAUAGCCAAGGACUAGGAGGCGGAUGGCGCACGGCAUUUUCUGCCCUUCUCUUUUAAUUUCAUUCCACAAAACGCUGUAUGCACUUUCCCCCCUGGUAACACAUCUGGAAAGAUGCUGCGUUGCGAAUGAGAUAAUCGUAGCAGAGCAGAGGAUGCUGAGGCGACAGACGUGGUUGAAGACAUAAACAAACUGAUCUACUGGAGGCUUUGGAUAUAAGCUUUAGGUCAAGUAGAGACGGGAAACAAGGCUGCAGUAGAGACCGACAUGUUCUGAGAAGCAUUGGCGCCGGCGGCGUAAUGAAGGCGGCGUUUGGAACCAGACGAAGGCGGCACUUCGGAAGGUUUUGUGUCUGCGGGGCUGGAUUGAUCGCCUUCACCUGGCUUACUCAAAUACUUAAUGUAACAGAGUUAUCAGAUCCCUCCACCGAGGGUACUAACCCUGGAUGGUCUAGAAGAAGCCUUGCGGAGGAGAUUGGGAAAGAGAACCAGACCAGCGACACAGAGGAAUCAGACAUCCAUGAGUUCCCGGCGGACGUCUUCACCAAGGAGCAGAGGAGGCAUGGAGCAGUGCUGCUGCAUGUUCUUUGUGCUGUCUACAUGUUCUAUGCCCUAGCAAUCGUCUGUGAUGUUUAUUUCGUCCCUUGUCUGGAGAAAAUCUCAGAGAAUUUGCACCUCAGUGAGGAUGUGGCAGGAGCCACCUUCAUGGCAGCAGGAAGCUCCGCCCCUGAGCUCUUCACAUCUUUGAUUGGGGUGUUCAUCACUAAGGGGGACGUGGGGGUGGGCACCAUUGUUGGCUCUGCCGUCUUCAACAUCUUGGUCAUCAUCGGAGUAUGUGGGAUCUUUGCUGGACAGACGGUCUAUCUCACCUGGUGGCCACUCUUCCGUGAUUCCAUAUAUUACAUUUUAUCAGUCCUGGCCUUGAUUCUGAUAAUAUAUGAUGAGAAAGUAAUCUGGUGGGAGACGGUUCUCCUUAUUUCUAUGUAUGGGAUCUAUAUCGUAAUUAUGAAGUUUAACAGCCAGAUCUGGGGCUGGGUGGAGCAGCGCUGCGGUGGUCCUGGGCAGCCAUGCCUGCUGAGCAGCCUGCGCAGAGAUGGAGCCGUGGGAGAGGCGGGCCCCCACAGCGACACCUCCAUGAUUCUGCUGAAGAAAGGCCAGAGUCCAGUGCAGGAGUCUCCGGUGGUGAUGGUGGAUGAGAUGCUGAGCCAACACCCUCACACCUUCUCCUUCUCUGAGGCAAGCCUCCGUAUCAUGAUCACGCCGCACUUCUCCCCCCGCACGCGCCUCAGCAUGGCCGGACGCAUGAUCAUCACCGAGAGGCAGAGGUUGAUCAGGAACAGCUGCGGUGGAGUUGGGGACACCCCAGGCUGCGAUGGCCCAGGGGUGGAGGGGGUUCCCUGGGCAGUGGAGAACGGGAGCACCCUGGAGAGCGAGCGGCAGCCCCUGGAGGACCCCCAAGAGAAGGCAGAAGAUGGAGGGCCGGAAGGGGCCAUGAAUGUGGUAGACCUACAGCCCAAAGAUGAUGAUGAAGAGGAUGAGGAAGAGGAGAAAGGACAGGUGUUCCAGCCCCUGACCCUGCCAGAGGGGCGCUGCGAGCGGGCAAAGUGGCUGCUCUCCUGGCCUCUGAGUGUCCUGCUCUACUGCACUGUGCCUAACUGUGUGCUCCCACGCUGGGAGCGCUGGUUCAUGGUCACCUUCGUGGCCUCCACCCUCUGGAUCGCCAUUUUCUCCUACCUCAUGGUCUGGAUGGUCACCAUUAUCAGCUUCACACUGGAUAUUCCUGUCGUUGUCAUGGGGAUCUCUUUCCUGGCGGCAGGCACAAGUGUUCCUGACUGUAUAGCCAGCCUCAUAGUUGCCCGGCAAGGUAUGGGGGACAUGGCUGUAUCCAAUUCCAUUGGCAGUAACAUUUUUGACAUCCUCCUGGGACUCGGCUUCCCAUGGUUCCUGCGCACGCUGGUGGUGAAUUAUGGCUCUGUUGUGUAUAUUAACAGUAAGGGGCUGGUGUACUCUGCCAUUUUACUCCUGGCUUCUGUGUUUCUCACUGUUCUGUGUGUCCAUCUGAACCACUGGAAACUGGACCGGCGCUUGGGCCUGGGCCUUUUGUUCCUCUAUGCCAUCUUCCUGCUCUGCUCCAUCUGCUUUGAGAGAAUAUAGCCGUCAACCUUUAGGUUCCCUAAACCUGAUUCCUCACGUACACACUUCCUCCCUGUGGUGUAAAGUAUUUCAAGUGUGCUGACAUGUACAACAAAUAUGCCACUUCACAGACCUCAGAUAAGUGGAAGGAAAAGUAGAUUUUAGAAUUCCUCUUUUAUGUUAUUCACACCAAACUUGUUAUGCGUGAUCAUUUGCAGUGCCUCUCUCAAACCAAUCUGUUCUGUUGAUUUUCCAGGUAAAGAAAUGGCACUCGGAUAUACAGUACUUCUUCAGGCAGACAUUUUUUGUUUCAUUUUUAUUGAUCAUGAAUGACUAGAUAUUACUGAUGAAAUUGCAUUAAUGAAUCAUUAACACUGAUGAAAGCACUGAACAUUUAUUUAUUUCUUACUAAUUUAAUCAGGAAUUCAUCCAAAGCAUACGUGUUCUAAAGUUCAUAUCCUACUUCUGUGAUAUUGACUAGUGACUUAAAAUAACUUUAUGAAUUGACCAUUGUUUUUUCGUUGUUUAUAAUAGUGUUUUUAUGUUUUGUGGUAGCUUGUUGGUGUAGUACAGAGCAAAACAUAACUGCCCAAUAUUCUAUUUUAGAUCAAUUUAAGUGUGAUUGUCUCCAAGUUGCUUUUUCUUGUAGCGCUAUCAUUACCUUAUGUGGCAGGUUUAAUUAAAUCUACUGUUGAUAGGACAUACUGUGUGUUUACAAAAAUCAAAGCACAGUAUGCCUGUAUAUUUUAUAAGUACUGACACCGACCUAACCCUGACCUUAACUGAACGAACACCACCCCUUUCGGAAAGUUUUUCAGAAACUAAAGUUAGAAAGUACCUAGUUGUAGAUGUGGUGAAUCAGGGCACUUGGUGAUGACAGUUUUCCAGUGUGCUGUCUGAAUAGGGUAUCUGAUUUCAUGGUGAUACAUUUAAAUACAUUUUCGUUUAUGUUCAGUCAAAGCGGCAAAUAAGGGCACAGAAUUAAAUUAAUGCUGUGGUUUUAUAUUAGCUGAGAGUGUAGGCCCAAUACCUGUCCUUAGUGAAAUAUUAUCACAAAUAUUUGGGUAUCUAUUGCCUAUACCGUUUGUAAUUUUAAUAUGAAUUCAGGUUUGUAUACAUUUCCACUAUCUUUAGACCUAGGCAUUUCUUGCACACUUUACAGAACCGUCAGUAUUUCCAGUAUUGUGAAAAUAUAUUCACCCUAUUAAAUAUUAAGUAUUUGAUAGGAAUACCAAAAAAUGUACCCUAGAUCUAUUUGCAUAUGUUAUAUGAUGUUAUUUUUACAUUGAUUUGCUGGAAAUUGGAGAGAUUAAAGUAAAUUAAACGUUGUUGUUUUUUACUCCCCCUGCUGUUUACAGACUAACAGUAUUAUGUUGAAACAGGGUCAGAACUGUACUGUAAAACUGCCUUCUUUCCAAUUAGUUUAAUCUCUGAAGUCUAACGAUCUAUACAUUUCCUGCACUGGUAUGUGUUACAGUCAUGUGUUAAAUUAAAUCACAGUUUAUGAGUGAUUUCCUGUACCUCAGUUGUGGAAAUAUCAAUUCAUCUUGAUGGUACAUAUUAACCUUUCUAUGUUUGAGAGGCAUGAGGUAGAGGAGCGAUUAGCUGCUUGUUUUGUGGAACCUGGAUAUCUUUAGAGAGAGAGAGAGAGAGAGAGAGAGAGAUUGAGAGAGUGAAAGAAUGAGAGUGAAAGAGAAUUAAGUAUUUCACAAGUGACUGAUGGGGACACAAAAUAGUGUGAUAUUUUUAAGUUAAUGUGUUUAAAGGUUUUGAGUUAUUUUUUUCACUUGGUGAUCCAGAGGCAUGGCAUCCUUACUACAAGGUCAUCCUAAUGCUUUGAAAUCAACAUGUUUUUUUUUGUUUGUAUGUUGAGUGCAAUAAACCUUGUCUGUGCAAUAAA